AUGUUUAAAAAUAUUCCAAUAAAAACAGUCGAUAAUAAUUAUGAAAAACAAUUUGACAAUGAACAACUCGUUUCAAUGCUUCACCGAUUGGUUGAUGAACGUGAUCUAUUAUGGCGUGAAAAUGAAUAUUUAAAAGCAAAAUUAAAUGAAUCUAUUUUAAUUGAAACAAUUAAUGAAAUGAGAAAAGAACGAGAUUUAUUAUUAAAGUUAUUACUUAAUUUAUCAACGAAUAAGAACAAUGAUGAACAAUUACAAUAUCAAAAUCAUUGUACAGAUGAACAUACAAAUGGUUAUUCUAAUGAUAUACUUCCUCCACCUCAUUACCAAACCUAUAAUUCAAAUUCAAAUAAUAGUAAAUCAGUACAUAAUAGCAGUCCAUCAACUAAAAAAAUUUCAUCUCAUUCUCGUCACAAUCAAACUCCAAUGAUUAAUCGUGAUUUAUCAAUUCCUGUAACUGAACUAAGACCAUCUCGUCGAUCGCAUCGAACAAAACAAAAUAUUGAACAACACCAACAACAACAACAACAACAACAACAACAGCCAACAGUUAUAUAUCGUGUUGAAGGUACCAAAGAAUGUUUAAUGAAUCCAAAUGAAUUAUCAUCUGUAUUUGCACACGUUAAACAUUCUCAUCCAAAUAAAAAAAUUGUUGUUUAUAAAACUCCAACAACACCACAAACACAUGAAUUCAAUCAACUAGUUGAUGAAAUGUGUAUAAAACAUGGUGUAGAAUUAAAACAUAGUCAAAAUUCACCAUUUCAACAAUAUCGUUCACAAUCAUUACAAGAUUUAACAUCAACAACGAUACUACCACAGCUUGAUUUUGAUUUUCAGUUUCAACCAAUUGAAAAACAAGAACAAGUUAUACAAAAAAAUAGAUAA